AUGGCUCCGACUCUGCGUGCACGCAAGCCUGCGCCUGCUUCGGCAGCUAAGCCGACCAAGGCAAGACCCAAGGCUACGCCUGAACCGACCAAGGCGAUACCCAAGAACACGACAGCUGAACCGACCAGGGCGAGCACCAAGAAGACGACGCAUGAGCCGAAGAAGACGUCCACGGCAACAGCCACGGGCAAGAAGGCUGCUGUUGGCAAAGCCGCGCCCAAGCCCAAGCCCAAGCUUAAGCCAAACGCUGCGAGGGCCACCCUGAAGACCAAAACCACCCCGAAGACGACCCCGAAGACCACUCCGAAGACCAAGACCACCCCUAAGAACCCGUCCAAGGGCAAGAAGGCAGCGCCGGUCAGGGUGGGAGCCACCAUCACCCUCCUCGACCACAAGGCGUACCCCCACAUCUUUGAACGGAUCGUCUCGUUUGCACCGCACGCGUCCCUCCUCGCCCUCCGCGCAGUCUCACACAGCCUCCUUGAACGCUGCGAUGCACUGCUCUCACAGCACAUUGUCCUGGGCCCCGGUCUCCCUCCUCCAAAGGGCAAGAGGUGGGAAGCUACAGCACCUCACCUCCCUCGCGGACCAGACAAGAAGCGCGCACGCCAGUAUCGCGUACACCUCUCGUCCGUCGGCGGCGAGCUUCCCGGCUGGGUAUGCGACUUGAACCACGUGACGGACUGGGCCGACAGUUGUGGCGAGCAGUGCGCCUCCCUCCGUUCCCGCUGGACCGAGUAUUUCGCUCACACGCGCGUCCUCGACAUACACCCCUGGAUCAAUUCUGGACAAAAGUUGACGCGCGCCAAACUAUUUCCCAACAUCCACACGGUGCGCUUCUACCCAUACACGAGUGAGGCGUUACCCAUCCCUUGUCAAAACGUGGUUGUUUUCACGAGUUUUACGCCCGUGACCAACGAGUGGACGAGGGUAUCUUCUACGCCCGGUGUAUUUCUCGACUCCAAUGUCCAACGUAUCGUCUUCCAUGCGCGUCUCGAUUGCCGCCGUCCCACCCUGCCCGAAUGCUGGGUCAGCCUCCCCACCCAAUGGGGCCGAAACUACUGGCCAUCCGCUGUUCUUAUUCUUGAACCUGAGCCCGAAUCACCCUUGGAGCCAAACACGCAAUGGACGGCCACGCGCCCCAAUGGGAUACUGUGGGAUGUGGCGGGUAUGCUCCGGACUGGCUCGACAACAAAAUGGACCAUAGUCGAUCGGAGCCACGAAGACUUCGCCGCUGCCGUCACGGAUAAUGUCGUACAGUGGAUUCGCGACUUUGCACGCCAAUACGUCCCGGCCGACCCGCUCACACAUGAGAGGGAGGAGGCGGUGCGCGCCCAGCUAGACUUUCUUACCACGGCAGAGUAUCGUGCCAGAGUUGGCGAGGCGCAGUGGGCGAUCGACGCGGUGCGGACUGUCAAGUUGGUGUAG